GGCUAGACGAGGUCAAUGGCCGGGCGGAGCGGGUAGGAGGCUCCGCCAUUUUGUUAUCGUCAUCGAGACAAGACCGCGGCCUGAGGAAGAGGUGCUGUUGGUGGCUCUGCUGAGAUGGUGAAACUCUUCAUUGGGAAUCUGCCCCGGGAGGCAACGGAGCAAGAGAUCCGGUCGCUCUUUGAGCAGUAUGGGAAGGUGCUGGAAUGUGACAUUAUCAAAAACUAUGGUUUUGUGCACAUCGAAGACAAGACAGCGGCCGAAGAUGCCAUCCGUAACCUGCAUCACCACAAGCUGCAUGGUGUCUGCAUCAACGUGGAAGCCAGCAAGAACAAGAGCAAGGCGUCCACCAAGCUGCAUGUGGGCAACAUCAGCACCACCUGCACGAACCUGGAGCUGCGGGCCAAGUUUGAAGAGUAUGGCCCGGUAAUCGAGUGCGACAUAGUGAAGGACUAUGCCUUUGUGCACAUGGAGCGGGCUGAGGAUGCGGUGGAGGCCAUCAGGGGCCUAGACAACACAGAGUUCCAAGGCAAGCGGAUGCGCGUGCAGUUGUCCACCAGUCGGCUUCGGACGAUACCUGGGAUGGGAGACAAGAGCGGCUGCUAUCGGUGCGGGAAAGAAGGGCACUGGUCUAAAGAGUGUCCGGUAGAUCGCACGGGGCAAGUGCCUGACUUUACCGAAACCUAUAAUGAGCAGUACGGAGCGGUGCGCACUCCCUACCCCGCGGGCUAUGGGGAGACCAUGUAUUACGAUGAUGGGUAUGGAGCAAUGGUCGACUACUACAAAAGAUACCGCGUGAGGCCCUAUGCUACGGCAUCUGCAUACGACGCCUAUGCAGAGCAAACAAUGGCCCAGUAUUCGCAGUACGCGCAAUACUCCCAAGUACAAACCACAGCCAUGGCCGCCACCACAGCCAUGGCCGCCACCACAGCCAUGGCCAAUCGCCUCACUACUACCCUAGACCCUUACGAUAGAGCGCUGCUGCCAACCCCGGGAGCAGCAGCAGCAGUCGCUGCAGCUGCAACUGCUGCUGCGGCAGCCGCGUCCUCCACCUAUUACACCCGGGAUAGAAGCCCCCUGCGUCGCACGGCAACCGCGGCCACCACCGUCGGAGAGGCGUAUGCUUACGAACGUUGUCAGCUGUCUCCAGUCUCGUCGGUCGCUCGGGCCUCCCUCUACGAUGUGCAGCGGUUCGAGCGGGAGUCAUACGCAGACAGGGCGCGGUACUCUGCGUUUUGAGUCGGAGGUAGCGUAUUCUCGGGCGGACCCUCGGGCUCCCAUUACACGGGAAAGUUUGUCCUACUUCCCCCACCAUCCCGCUGCCUGCGACGGGUAUUGGCUGCCUCUAGUGUGUUUAUUUUUAAUGGAGGUUUUUGUGUUUCAGUAAAGUUGUGACCCACUGUA